AUGUCUUAUAUGUUAGCGCAUUUGUUUAACGGCUGGCAAGUCGAUCAAGCAAUUCUUUCGGAGGAAGAUAGGGUGGUUGUUAUUCGUUUUGGUCACGAUUGGGAUCCUACAUGUAUGAAAAUGGAUGAAGUUUUAUAUAAUAUUGCAGAAAAGGUGAAAAACUUUGCAGUUAUAUAUUUAGUUGACAUCACCAAAGUACCAGAUUUUAAUAAAAUGUAUGAAUUGUAUGAUCCAUGUACAGUUAUGUUUUUCUUCCGCAACAAACACAUUAUGAUUGAUUUGGGUACCGGAAAUAACAAUAAAAUUAAUUGGGCACUUGAAGACAAACAAGAAAUGAUAGAUAUCGUUGAAACAGUGUAUAGAGGUGCCAGAAAAGGACGUGGUUUAGUUGUUUCUCCUAAAGAUUACUCUACUAAAUACCGUUAUUAAAUAAUUAGUAUAGUAUGUAUUAGUUUAAAUCCUAUAUAAUUAAUCUAAUGUUAAUAUAAUGCAUUGUGUGUGUAUAUAUAAUAUAUUUGUGUAUCUUAAUUUAAUUUUUUAA